CCUGCCCUCCCCGCCCCGCCCGCCGGCGCUCGGCUCCUUCCACCUGCGCGGCGACUGCGCUGGGCAGCCGGGGCACCCCCGGGCUGGGAGAUGUGAGCCCCAUGGGCGCCGGCCGGCCGCGGCGGGGGGCGGCCUGGCUGCUGGUCCUCCCGCUGAUCCUGCUGCCGUCCCCCGCGGCGCACGCAGGAGAGUUGUAUUGUUCUUUGCCUAACCCUAGGAAUGUGCAUUUUGAAUCUAUAAACAUGAAGAAUGUCCUUCACUGGUCAGCACCAGAAGGCACAGGAGACGGAGUACUCUACAGGGUGAAGUACACAGUAUAUGGUGUUGGCAAAUGGAUUAGAAAGCCAGAAUGCAGGAAUAUCAACAGAACAUGGUGUGACCUCUCCAGUGAGACAUCUGACUAUGAAGAACAAUACUACGCAAGCGUGAAAGCCUUUCUAAAUGGGAUGUGCUCUGACUGGAUGGAGACCACACGAUUCAACCCUCUUACAGACACUAAAAUUGGUCCACCCACUCUAAGUGUAUCUUCCACUGAAAAAUCUAUUUCUAUCAUUCUGACUGCUCCUGAGAAGUGGAAGGGAAGUCCUGAGAGAGAAUCCAUAUCUCUGCUUCAAGUGUAUCCUGGCCUGCAAUACAACGUGUCUGUCCUCAACAAAAAAACAAAGAAGCGGUGGUUCUUCUCCAUCAGCAACAACACCUUGGUUGUGCCUUGGUUAGAGCCUGGAACAGCUUAUUGUGUCAGUGCACAGAUAUAUGUUACCACACCACUUCUGCACAGUGGGUUCUCUGAAGAAUAUUGCAUUGCUACUUUGAAAGAUAAAACAGCAGAUGAGACUGUAACAAUCAUAUUUGGAUAUGUUCUGCCUAUCAUGCUUGCCGUCCUUUUUAUUUCAGUGACAUGUUAUUGUGUGCACAGGUAUAUUCACAUCAGCAAACAGAAACAUCCAACAAAUCUGGUGUGGCACUACACUGACAAAUGCAAGGAAAAGGUUUUCAUACCAUGUGAAAAAAUAGUGAUCAACCUUAUCAGUGUUAACAUGGAUGAGUACAAACCAUCUCAGGAAUCCAAUCCUCUAUCAGAAAGGAAAAGUCCCCACUAUUACACUGUUUACAAUGGCACCGAAGGAAAGGAUUUGCCUUCAAAAGAAGUGCUAGAAACAAAACACUUGCUUGACAUUUUACCUGAAGAGAAUUCGCAUGAAAAGGAUAUUUUAGCAGAAGGGGACCAAAAUGGGAAGCAGCGAUCUUAUAGCCAGCCUGGAACAAAGAAUACUUUGAGACAGAAAAAUGCGGAGGCUGUAGAAUAUGAACAUGAUGUAAGGGCUGAAGACUUCAGUCCUGGUCAGAAACUAGAAGACCUCGGUUUGAAAGAGAAUUCCUCUCCCCCCAGGGGACUACUAGAUGAGCGACAGAUUGCUUUGGAGGACUUGAUUAAUAUGAAAACAGGACAGCCAUAUUGUCCCCAGCUAGAGUUGCGGGCAACAGACUCUUGUUUGGGACAGGAAACAGAGGAACCUAGUUGGAAGGUGGUUGAUGCAGCAGAUGAAUUGCUGGGUGAGACCCAAAUCAACUUGGUGGACUUGGAUACUGAAAAAUUGGGGCAGACGUCCUAUCCUCAGCUGGAAAAAACAGAGCAGGGCCUCAUGGACAAAGAGUGUGGACAGACCAUAUUAGUAGACUGGGAUCCCCACACUGGAAGACUGUAUAUUCCUACCUUGUCCAGUGUUGAAAAUCAGGCGUGUGAAGGAGUAUUCAAGUGUGAUGACCAUGACAAAGAGGGAAUUUUGUCCAGACUGUAUGAGAAAGAAGUAUCUGAUGAAUCAUCAGAGGACCAAGAAAUGUAUCUCCUACAAUUCAAGGAACAAUGGGAACUGCAUGUAGAAAUGGAAGACUGAACGGUAGUUUUCUAGAAUGUUCUAAAAUGCAAAAUCUUGUUACCUUUGCCAAAGAGAGUGAUGGACUCAGUGGAGCGAACACUUCUUAAUGUAUUAAAGCUUUCAGAACCAUCUCAGUUGAACAACUUAUUCAUGAUGCGUUAUUUAUAACAGUUUCUAGGCAUAAUAUAAGUGAUUUCAUCUCCCAUCAGAAACCCCUCAGGUUAUGAGAUUCUCUACUUUUAAAAAAUAUAUAUCUAUCUUUACAGAGGAUGCUGUUAGGAUUUUCACACUAUAAUUUCUACCGAAACAAAUGAUCAGCAUUUGAAAGCAGUUAUGUUUAGCAAAUAAAAAGCAAAAGUACGACAUUUCGAUGA